CUGCUUGCUCCAGUCUAGGUUUGAUUUGAAAAGCUAGCCGUUCGAACUCGUGCGUUUUGAUAGCCGUUCUCUUCAAUCUGAUUGUUAUCGAAACAGCGUUUGUAAAGCGGUCUAAUUGUAUUGGCCUCCUGGAUUGACUUCGAUAGGUCGAGUUCCAGAUCUGAGCACCCAGCACCCGCGGACGUGGCGCCCCCGCCGCCCAUGUCGCGAGGUCGGCCGCCGACACGCACCGCAGUGGUAACUUAUCAUGGAGGAGGAUCUGGAGCUCUCCGCUGUGCUAUCUCGUGGUGCAACAAAAAGGUAAUUUUGGAGCCCACUUGGUGCCACUUCUGUCGAACGAAAUCCACCCUGGCGGCACUCAGCAGCAAGGCCACGAGCAACGCUAACUGGACUGUUUGAGGCACUAUGAUAGACCCGAGCUCGUCGGAGGAGGACAGCGAGGAUGAGCGACGCGCCGACCAACCACAGCCCGUGCCGCUGCUGCCACCGGGCCGCCACCCGCGCUCCACGCCGCAGCACCACCCGGCUGCUCACCCGGCCGCGCACCCAGCUGCCCAGCAGCAGCAGCACCUCCAGCAGCAGCAGCAGGGUCUGGAGGUGCCCGGCGCAUCCAUACAGAGGCCACAGACCACUGGAGCCAGAGUUCCUCUCGAGAUACCUUCACAGCAUCAUCGUCGGUCACUGUCACCUGCUUCAGCAGUGUCUGCCGAGACUCUUAGCGUCGCCACAGCGGCGUCAAGGACCAACUCCCUCCCAAGGCCAGCCAGUCCUAGCCCAUCAGUGGCUAGCGGUAACCAACAAGACCUUCAGCAGCAGGACAUAGACCCAUAUGAAAGACAAGAACGUGAGGAGGAGGAGCGGAAGAGAAGGAUUCAGCUCUACGUCUUCAUAUCUCGCUGUAUCGCCUACCCGUUUAAUGCUAAGCAGCCCACUGAUUUGACUAGGAGACACAUGAAGAUAACAAGAACACAACUCGACCAAAUUCUGCAACGUUUUCAGGCUUUUAUGAAGGGAGACACCCAGAUCAUGGCUGACGAGGCCUUCCAAAACGCCGUUUCAAACUACUACGACGUGUUUCUCAAGUCUGAUCGCCUGGCGAGCAUGGUCUCGUCCGGGGCAUGCAGUCAACACGAUUUCCGUGAAGUGUUUAGAACCAUGUGUGAGAAGAGGGUCAGAUCUCUUCCGGAAGUUGAUGGACUAAGUAAAGAAACGGUCCUCGCGUCCUGGAUGGCAAAGUUUGAUUGUAUAAUUAAGGCAAACGACGACGAUUCGAAGAGGCCGAACCGGAUGCAGCAACCAUUGAAUAGCGAGCUCAUUCUUAGCAAGGAGCAACUGUACGACAUGUUUCAACAAAUACUCGGGGUUAAGAAAUUUGAGCACCAGCUCUUAUUUAACGCAUUGCAGCUGGAUUCAGCAGACGAGCAAGCUGCUGCUAUUCGCCGAGAACUCGAUGGGCGCAUGCAAAAGGUCGCAGAAAUGGAAAAGAACCGGAAGCUAAUGCCCAAAUUUGUACUAAAAGAAAUGGAAUCGCUGUAUAUUGAGGAGAUGAAAGCUUCUAUUAAUCUACUAAUGGCUAAUUUGGAAUCCCUACCUGUGUCAAAAGGCACAAUGGACUCAAAAUAUGGGCUGCAAAAGUUAAAAAGAUACAAUCAUAGUCGAAGGAGAAGUUCUGUCUUGAGAUCCCAGGGCUCCUUGGCCAAGCUGGAGGGUGACUCGGCCGACACCGACACUCAGCUCUCGAAGCUCGAUGUCGUGUUGACCUUCCAGCUCGAGGUUCUUGUGAUGGAAGUCAAAGGGCUGAAGUCUCUCCAGCCGAACCGCAUUGUGUAUUGCACCAUGGAGGUGGAAGGUGGAGAAAAACUACAGACUGACCAAGCGGAAGCCUCAAAGCCUAUGUGGGACACACAGGGAGACUUUUCGACCACGCACCCAUUGCCAGCCGUCAAAAUUAAGUUAUUCACUGAAAAUCCAGGAAUGUUAGCUCUUGAAGACAAGGAACUAGGUAAAGUUGUCUUAAGGCCAACUCCAGUGUCUUCGAAGGUGCCAGAAUGGCACAAGAUGCAGGUGCCUAAGAACUGUGCGGACCAAGAUUUAAAGAUUAAAGUGGCGUGCAGGAUGGACAAGCCGCUGAAUAUGAAGCACUGCGGGUAUUUGUAUGGAGUUGGAAAAGGUGUUUGGAAGAAGUGGAAGAAGCGGUAUUUCGUUCUAGUGCAAGUAUCUCAGUACACCUUUGCAUUGUGCACGUACAAGGAAAAGAAGACGGAACCAGCCGAAAUGAUGCAGCUGGAUGGAUAUACGGUUGACUAUAUAGAACCAUCCAGCGUGGCUUCUUUUGCAUCGCAACUGAUGCCCGGGCAAAUGGACUUGGAGGGCGGAAGACAUUUCUUCAACGCCGUCAAGGAGGGUGACAGUGUUCUUCUGUCGUGCGACGAUGAGAAUGAAUGCCACCUGUGGGUGAUGGCACUCUAUAGAGCGACUGGCCAGAGCCACAAGCCUACACCCCCGAUCACGCCCGCCAGUAAAAACUCUACUAUUUCGAAAAUACAGGGUGACGCUGAUAGGGCGCGAAAGCAUGGUAUGGAGGAGUAUAUUUCAGCAGAUCCAUGCAAAUUCGAUCAUGCAACUUUGUUUAAAAUGCUCCAAACUCUGACACUUGACUACCGGCUGAACGAUCCAUACUGUUCAUUGGGAUGGUUUAGCCCCGGACAACUCUUUGUUCUCGAUGAAUAUUGUGCGAGGUACGGCGUCCGAGGCUGUUAUCGCCACCUCUGUUACCUGUCCGACCUUUUAGACAGAGCAGAAAACAAUAUAAUGAUUGAUCCUACAGUCAUCCACUUCAGCUUUGCCUUUUGUGCCAGUCAUGUACAUGGAAACAGCGCGGAGAUGCUGGAGGACAAUACUCCAGUCGUCAGGCCUGAUGGAGUAGGAACAGUAACCCAUGAAGAGAAAGAACGUUUUCAGGUGAUAAAAGAACGUCUUCGAGUGUUAUUAGAACAUCAGAUAACAAACUUCCGGUAUUGCUUCCCUUUCGGACGCCCGGAGGGCGCCCUGAAAGCAACACUGUCUCUACUUGAGAGGGUUCUUAUGAAAGACAUUGCGACACCUGUGCAGCCUGAGGAGGUUCGGAGCAUGAUCAAGAAGAGUUUGGAAACGGCGGCACUCGUCAACUAUACGAGGCUGUCUGAUGAAGCAAAAAUUGCAGGUGGCGAGCCAACCAUGCAAAUGCAAGACGAUAUGAGCGGCGAAAUGAUGGUCCCACCUAGCAAGAAACUAGAAGAUUUAAUCACCCUAGCCCAGAGUUGCGUGGAGCUCCUACAACAGAAUGAAGAGCACUACGCGGAGGCUUUUGCGUGGUUCAGCGAUCUAUUGGUCGAACACGCUGAGAUCUUUUGGGGAUUCUUCGCCGUUGACAUGGACCAGGUUCUAGCGGAGCAGCAGCCCGACACCUGGGACUCGUUUCCCUUGUUCCAAAUUCUCAACGACUAUCUCCGAGCAGACGACAACUUGAAGAACGGCCGUUUCCACCAGCACCUGCGCGAGCUUUUCGCGCCCCUAGUGGUGCGUUACGUGGACCUGAUGGAGUCUUCAAUCGCGCAGUCAAUCCACAAGGGCUUUGAAAAGGAGCGGUGGGAGCUUAAAGGAAACGGGUGUUGCACGUCAGAGGAUCUCUUCUGGAAACUGGAUGCGCUGCAGUCGUUUAUUCGCGAUCUGCAUUGGCCGGAUGCCGAGUUUCGCCAGCACCUCGAACAACGGCUGAAGCUGAUGGCCUGCGACAUGAUUGAAUCAUGCAUCACGCGCACUGAGUCAGCGUUCCAGUCUUGGCUCAAGAAAGGAGUCACAUUUAUUUCAACGGACUACAUUCUCCCGUCUGAGAUGUGCGCGAUGGUCAACGUGAUUCUGGACGCCAAGAACCAGUCCUUCAAACUUUGCGCGCACCAGUACCAUACCAAGAUCGACGACCUGAUUGAGAAGACACUUACAAGCAUGAGUCAGGGCCUGAUUCAGAAGCUUGUGUCCGUCCUUGAGGCCACACUUUCCAAGCUUGGUCGCUACGACGAAGGAAGCCUCAUUGGAUCUAUACUCAGCUUCACGAAUGUUUCUGGCUCGGGGAAGGACAUGGGACAGGCAUACGUCAACUUCGCGCGCAACGCUAUGGACCAGAUUCGUAGUAAAAUCACGGACGAGCUCUGGAUCCUCAAUUUCUUUGAGCAAUGGUAUACACAGCAGGUGCAAGUCCUUUGCAAUUGGCUCGGUGAGCGACUGGACCACUCGCUUCAUGUUUUCCAAUGCCAGUGCCUCUCCAUUAUCGUCAAGAAAAUGUACACCGACUUCGAACUUCAAGGUGUGAUCGAGGAUAAGCUUAACUCAAAGACCUACCAGACCGUGGCCAGCCGGAUGCAGACCGAAGAGGCUACCUGUGCGCUAACCAUGAGCCAAGCUGACGACUAUACAGACUCGGGCAUGGACGAUGAUGGUGAGCGAAGCAAGCCAAAAGUGACGAUCCGGGAGACAAUCGGCGAGGACGGAAACGUGGUAGCGAAGUUAAGCAACCUUACUACUAACGUUGCGGGGAAAAUGGGAGAUGUGGUGGGCAAGGGCUUUGGGGGCCUGGCAAGUAAGUUUGGCGGGGGCAGCUGGUUUUAAGCUUGAAAGUAAGGAACGAGGAAGCCUAAAAGAAUUCAGACUGCCAACGGUGAACAGAAAAGAGCAAGAUAAUGGCCUAAUUUUCAAUAUUAAACUGCUAUGGGUUUUGCCUAUUCUCCAAAUGAUUUGUUAUCGGCGGGUUCGACCUAUGUUUUCCUGUUUCUUUUUAUGAAACAAGAUGUAUCGACAAAUCGUGUAUUGGAAUAGCGUUCUAGGGAAUUCUAGACAAACCUUGCAUGGCUAUGUUUCUUGCAGUUGUUUCUGUGAUUAGAGGGCCAUUCCGGUCCCUGAGUCCGACAUGCCCCAAACAUUAGGUCAAAUAGAUUAGAGGUGGGCACAAAAGCUAUCAGUACAAUACGUCUCAUGUAUAUAUUAUAAAUACAUACAUAGCGCCUCAGGUUGGCGAUUACUUAACCCAACGCCUUUUAAGAGUAGGGGAGAGUAAAGUAUUAACCGACAGAAAUCUGUUGCGAGAAGUAGUGUACAUAUUUUUGAGCUGGGUUGUUUCUUUGAGCCCUUUGCUAUGUAUAUACUUUUUGUUAUUGACAAAAUUAUCUAGAUAACAAAGUGCUGUUUAAAUUUUUUGUAAAUGUGUUGAAAGUUGCUAUGAAUUUUACGAUAUUUAUGAAAAGGGAUGAUAUAAUUUAUACUUAUACUUACAAAGUGAUCCGUUAUCAUUGCUGUGGACAGUGGACAGGCCGAGGUGCACCGUAUGUGUGUACGUACCCUCAUUGUUUUAUCUAUUCAUCUGUCUCAGAAUUUCUCCUACAUGGCGAUUUAUUGUCUCCUGCUACGUGUCUAUUUUUUCUCUCCUCUCUCUCUCUUUCUCUUUCUAUAUUUCUUCAUAAUAUUCUCGAUGGAUGAACUCAACGAGUUUUUUGAUUGCUAAUUUUUGACAUGCUAGAAUCAGAUAUGUUUUUCGGUCAUCCCGAGAAGGGAAAAUAUACUCUGUCGAAUCUUUCUUCUAAUUCAGAAUGUAGAUUAAUUUUUAAACAAUUACUUCUUUUCUUCUUAUGAAUCUCGCCAAAUAGUAGAUUAUGUCUGCAUGCAAACAAGGGGGAAAUGUUAACACCUCUUUUGUUUUUCAAGUUGUCAGAGAACGUUGAAAUCGACCCCUUCCACUCGUUUGUUUCCUGAGCUGCCUGGUGUUAUAUUUUAACCACAGUAAGAUAUGUCAAAUCCCACCAAUCAAUCGAUCGCAUUAUCGAUUUGAGGUUGAUCUCGAGAAUCUGUCGAUUUAAGGGAUCAAAUUCAGUCAAAACGACGUCGAUUCCAACCAAACCGACAGAAUUUCUCCCUAGGAAACGUUUUCAGUUUCACUUGUCAAAUGUUAGCCUUCAAGAGGAUGGGCAAAGAAAUUGGGCGUGUAAAGGAUGCAACGUCAAGAUAUUCUAAAAAUUUACGCUCAUUCUUUUUAAUUUAGUACCCAAUUCAAAAUUGGUUGAGAUUUUUUUUAUAACUGCGUCAUAAUAGUUUUGAUUUGAUCUACGAAAUGUUCCUAUUGUUACAAGCUAAUUUUUAAUUAACUUGAAGACGCUUAUUUUGUAACGUAGUAAAUCAGUCCUUUAAAUUUUUUGACUGUUCCAGUCUUCAUUUUUUGCCCUAUGCCAUUCCUACUGGUGCCCUCAAGAGAGCUCUGAAUGUUCCACCAAACACUGAUAUAUGUAGUACUUGAAGUCUUGGACGCUGCUCAAAAUCCUGCUGUUACCAAGCCAGUUUUUUCAUUCGUGUUCUCUCGCUUUUAAGUUCAAUAAAGACCAUAACUGCAGAUAUUAUCGGGAAGCUAAUGUAGCUUUUACGCUAACGGAUUGCGCUGGUGUCUAGCAGAACUUCCAUUUUACAGUUUCAUACAAGAAAUCUACGUUAGGGAAAUAUCACUAUUUGAAAUGUUUAUUUGACCUUAAAGUAAAAGAGAAAAGUCAAAGAAAUGCAGUUUUGAUUAAAAUCUGCUUCAACAUGUGUUCUCAGUAUAGGUUGCAAUAAAAGAAAUUUGGAAAAAAUAUUUUACGAUUGUUAGUGUUGAAUUUUAUACUUAUGGAUAUUUGUUUCUAUCUUUACUGGAGGUGAUGGUGAUAACCGUUCCAUUUGUAGGCGGCUAUUUAAUGCACAUCACGAGAUAAUAGGAGACUGAGUGGCCCCUCCCCCACUUGUGUGUAUCCUCUUUAUAUUGUAAAGGGCAAGAAUCAGGGUGCUGGAUCCCCAGAAAUAAAUGCUGAUGAUCUCUUAUUGUCUUUCAUUGGAAGUUUUUUGAUCUAAUGAUUGCUGCUCCCCAACCCCUGAUUGAGUGGAAACUAAAAUGUAUUGUUCUUUUGCUUUUAUUGAUACUUGUGAAUCAAAUAUUUCAUAUGGCAUUUUACCCUAGGCUAGACAAUAGGAUGACUCAGGAUCUAUGAAAGCGGAUAUUUGUGCAUUGUACGGAAAAUUUUCUUUGGUGUUUUGAUGCUCAUUCACAUAAUUUCAUAAUAAAUAGAAACAUUAUGCAUUACGGGAUGAUAACUUAGCAAGAUGAACAGAUCCGAUAAAAUUUCUGUUAACUAAGCAUAUCGUUUUUUCGUGAAUAAUCCAAAAUCUUGAGACAGGUUUAGUUAGGGCCAAUAGCUUACUUGGCCCAGUUGUUAAUGUAGUUCCUUCUAUAUUUUUCAUGUAUCAUGUGCAUUGGUUUAUGCACUGUUGUUUUGACGGGUUCCUGUUAUGGGACAUAGUUUUGACUGUGAAAGAAUCAUUCAAAACAUUGUUGAAUUUUUCAUUUUUUUUUCCAGUUUGGGGAAUAUGGACAUUGUAUUCCUUUUAAUCUAAGGUCGGGAUUCAAAAGUUUCUCUGAUUGUGGUAAUGUAAUUAAGAAACUAGCAUUUUGGCACUAUUUCGCACUUGGUGAGUGCCAGGCAGAAAUACGAAAAUAAUACAGAUCACAAAGAGACAAUUGUUAAAUGGGAAGUUUGUUAGAUUGUACGAUUACGUACCAACAGAAUCAAUUUUCUCAUGGAAAACAUCUCUAUCUUUGCAUUGUUAUUUUGUCAUCACAAUUCCUCUAUACAUAGGUCUGCUGUAGUGUUGAAAGUAGUAAAGCACAGAAAAUGAGUCCUUUCAAAGAGAAUCGAAAGGCAAAAUAGUAGCCUACAAGUUCAGAGUAAAAGUAUUAUUUCAAUCCAUCGCUUUUCUUCUUCCUCUUCUGCAUAUCUCUCACGAAAACUUAAAAAUUACCUCUGGAAAGGUAGGCACUAAACCGUGCGAGAAAACCAAUAUUCAUACCUAAAUUUCUUAUUGUGAAAUAUUUUUUAUUCUUGAGCUAAAUCUUAUUUGUUACUGUAAACAUUGUAAAAUGUACUGUUAAAAUAGUAACAUAAAAUUUCUGUUAUCUGAUGACCUGAAAUUCCUGUUUUCUCCUGCCUAUCAGAGCUGCGACAUCGAAAGUUUUGCAUUUUAUGAGAGGCAAAGUUAAUACUCCACUUGACUGCACGAUGAAGGACUGAAUCCCCUCAAAAAAUUAGCUUAGUUAUAUGGGUAUUUCCCAAGUUACUGAACCGUGGCCAUUUUAUGCUUACAUCAUUAUAUGGGACAUGAUGAUUGUAAUCUGUUUUAAAAUAAUAUUUUAUAAUGAAGAAAGCUGUCACUGUCUGCUGGUGUUUUGUUCUGUAAUAUAUUUAUAGUAAUAAUGCAAUAUGUAUAAGGAUUAAUAUUUGAAUGCUAUUAAUGCAUGUGCGGUGGAGAAAAUGUUAACUUGUUGCGUCUCCUUGAAACAGUUUCCCGACCAAUAAAAGAUUGUUUGUUGCCUAA